AUGGGUAGAAAACUUGACCCAACAAAUAAAGUGAAGAGAGGCCCAGGAAGAAAGUCCAGAAAACAACGAGGGGCAGAAACUGAGCUUGCAAAGUUCUUAACUGAAGAUGACAAGGAACAGAAACGACUCUCAAGCAGAGGGAGGAAAAGAGCUGCAAAAAGAAUUCAAAGUAAAGAAACCGCUGCGCAGAAACCAACAAAGGCAGGUUUUACCGAUGAAAAUAAUAAAUGGCUGAAACCAUCAAAAAGAAAGCGAAUAACAGAAGAACAAGAAAAUGAGGAUGACAGCGAUGAACACUGGGAAUUGGAUGAAGAUGAUAAAGAUGAAGUGCUGAUAUCUCAAACAAAAGACAAAAAGAAGAGCGUAGUAGCCAAGGAGGAGGAGGAGGAGGAGGAGGAAGAAGACGACGAUGAUGAUGAGGAAAUGGUGGAUGACUAUGGCGCACAUGAAGAUGGCAGUGAAGAGGAAGAGCUUCUUCCUAUUGAACGAGCGGCUAAAAAGGAGAAAAAGUUGAAAAAAUCUGCAAGUCCUGAAAGUGACGAUGAUGAUGAUGAGGAGGAGGAGGAAGAGGAGGAAGAAGAAAAAGACAAGGCUGACUCUGAUGCUGAAGAGGAGGAAGAUACGGUUCAAACAAAUAUUGAUGAAAUGGACAUAUUCAAGCUUCCCAAAACAGAAGAGACUGAGAAAGAAGGCGUCCUGCUUUUAGACCUGAAGCUCAUCUAUCAGAGAAUAAAGGACAACAUUGAGGUCUUGUGUAACUUCUCAACAAAAAGAGAAGAAGGCAAAGAUCGGUCAGAUUACAUCUCUCUUCUAAAGAAGGAUCUUUGCACAUACUAUAGCUACAAUAACUUCCUAAUUGAGAAAUUAAUUGACCUUUUUCCUUUAUCAGAGUUGGUUGAAUUCCUUGAAGCAAAUGAAAUUCACAGACCUGUCACAAUUCGAACUAAUACAUUGAAAACUAGACGACGAGACCUUGCCCAGGCUUUAAUCAACAGAGGAGUAAACCUGGAUCCUUUGGGUAAAUGGUCUAAAGUUGGUUUGAUCAUCUACGAUUCCUCUGUUCCUGUUGGUGCCACCCCGGAGUAUCUGGCUGGUCACUAUAUGCUGCAGGGAGCGUCCAGUUUACUGCCGGUCAUGGCUCUUUCUCCACAGGAAGGAGAACAUGUUUUGGACAUGAGCUCAGCGCCUGGAGGCAAGACCACCUAUAUUGCUCAACUCAUGAGAAACACUGGCACUAUUGUGGCUAAUGAUGUAAAUGCAGAUAGGCUAAAAAGCGUGGUGGGAAAUAUCCAUCGUUUGGGCGUCACAAAUACUGUUGUAAGCAACUACGAUGGCCGGCAGUUUCCAAAGGUAAUGGGUGGGUUUGAUAGAGUCUUGCUGGAUGCCCCAUGUUCCGGCACCGGAGUCAUUGCAAAGGAUCCGGCUGUAAAAACUAGUAAAGAUGAGGCCGAUAUCAUGCGUUCGGCUCAUUUACAGAAGGAACUGCUUCUGUCAGCCAUAGACUCUGUCAAUGCAGACUCUGCUACAGGAGGUUACUUGAUCUACUGCACAUGUUCAAUAAUGGUUGAAGAAAAUGAAUGGGUGGUGGACUACGCUUUGAAGAAAAGAAAUGUAAAAUUAGUUCCCACUGGUCUUGACUUUGGAAAUGAGGGCUUCACACGGUUCAAAGAGCGCAGGUUCCAUCCAACACUACGCCUCACCCGAAGAUUUUAUCCACACUCUCACAACAUGGAUGGAUUUUUUGUGGCUAAAUUGAAGAAAUUUUCGAACGUAAUCCCUACUGUAACUCAGAUUAAAGUCGAGAAAUUAGAAACUGAUGAUGCAUCAGCUGCAACUUCUUCAGAGGAAAAACCUUCAGAUCAACUGAAGGUAAAGACUUCUCCUGCCAAAGGAGCAACUUCACAGCCCCACACGAAUGGAAAGACUGCCAAGAAACCAGCUGGAAAAAAAGACUUUCCCAAAGGGGCAAAGAUAGCCAAGGUUCAAAAGAUGGAUGAAAAGACUUUAUCGAAGGCUAAAGUGUCUAAAGUGGCGACAGAGGAAAGUAAUGUGUCAAAACCUGAAAAGAAAGAACGCAGCAAGUUUGAAAAGAAGCAGGGGAAAAUGAGAAAAACACCCAUGAAGGCCAAGCAGAGGAUGGGCAAGAACAAAUUCAAGAAGUUGAAAAAGCUGUUGCAGAAAACCGAAGAUCCAUGA